AGGGAUGAUGAGAGGCGGCCAGCCUGUAAUGCGUGGCAGAGGCGGAGGAGGCGGCGGUAUGAUGGGUAUGAACCCCAUGGGAGGUAUGGGCAUGGGAAUGCCCGGCAACAUGGGCAUGGGCAUGAUGCAAGGUAUGAAAGCUGUCACUUUACGCCACCCCAAUCCACAGAUCACAAUCCGUCAAACGGCAUCGGUUACAGGCUAGGAACUGUCGCCGAUGCCAUUACCCACUACACAAUCACCAACUCCUUCAAGCAUGGUUAUGGCCCGUCAAGAGUCAGAAGGGCAGUCGCUUGCACCAGUAGUGCAGCGAGAAGAACCCACACAAGAGGCAGAGGAGACAUAUCCAGAUGCCGAGCCAGACGUGUUUUAUGAAGAUGGAGAAGACAGCGACAGCGAUAGCUGUGCUCUAAGCUUCUGGGGAAGUGACGACUACAACGCUCAGGAUACCCCGUGUACUAGCGAGUGUACUAGCGACACAAGCUCCAUGGGUGACGAUGAUAGCAGCGACAGCGACGAUAGCAGUGAUGAGGAUGACAGUAGCGAGGAUGAUAGCAGUGAUGCCGACGAUAGCAGCGAUGACGAUGAAAACGAUGAUGACGAAGAGGAUGCCAUGGAUCUCGACGAGAACAUGGAACUCGGAGAAGCGGACAUGGAUAUCUCAGAUGGCACGAGUAUCUCAGAUGUCAUGGAGAUAGAGCCGCGAGAAGAGAACCCUUUAAUCCAGGCGGCGGGCUCAGGCCAAGCGGUAAAUGCGAGUGCAACUACGCCCUCAGCGGCUCAGCUACAACAAAGCUACCACUAUCCCCCCCAAGCUACUAAUCGGCCACAAUUUGCACCAAGCACUUGGGGCUGCCGUAUUCACGGAACACAGACUCCUCGCUGCUUGAUUUGUGACAUUGAAUUCUGGCGCGUUCAAUGCCUCAUUAGAGGCCAGGACUUUGGCCGCAUUCCACCUCCGCCGCUACCCAUCUAUCCAACACCACUUCACCAGCCCGGCCCAUCUUCUAUUGCACAUACUCGAUUUGCCACUAGUAACGCUGCUAAUUCACAUAUAGGUUUUCAGGGUAUGCCUCCUAACUUCCCAGGCGGAUUCGGCUUUGGGCAGCAAGGAGGAGGCGGAGGCGGCGGCGGAGGCAACAGUGGUGACUGGGGCAACCCUCAUGGAGCAAAGCGACCGCGUCCCGAGUAAUUGGCCAGCAUCCGCCGAAUCCAUAUCUCCUCAAUUAUUAGGAUGAAGAAUUUAAGCUAGGAUUUGGAGUGCAAUAAUGCAAGGAAUUGAUUUUUAACUGUUAUCAAGGGGGAAGGGAAGGAAAUG